AUGACCAGCGGUGAUGACUCACAGUGCCAGCAAUCAUAUGAGAACUGCCUCUUCGGUCAGACCACUACCAGCGAUGUUCACUGUGUUUCCGAGGUCUACGCUACCAUCCAGAACGGCUCGUCUGACCAGGACGCUCAGGUUGUCAACGCUCAAUGCAAAGACUUCUGCGCUAGAGGUUACGACAUUCUCUCUGGAAGCGGAGACUCUGCUCACAACGCCACCGCUUUGUCUUGGUACUCGAGCUGUCUUGGAGCCAAGAACCUUCCCACUCUGACUUCGAGCUGUGUCUCCAACAGCGAAUCCUCGUACCUCAACGCCACUACCGGCGACAAUGCUCAAGACUCUGACCUCGCUACCUGCAAGUCUCAAUGCUCUUACCUCGCAACUACUUGCCAGGCAAGCGGUGACGAGAGCGUAAAGGCAGGCUGCCUGUCAUUCUACUCUGACUGCACCUCGGGUACCAACUCCACCACCUCCACCAUCAACUGUGUUGCCGAUGUCGAGCAGUGCUACCUCGACGGCAAGGACGACCAGCUCUGCGACGACAUGAACGCUCAGUGCAAGAACCAAUGCACCAGAGCCAGAUCUGCCUGUGGAAGCAGCGGUGACCCCAGCGUUGUUGGCAACUGUGAUUCUCAGUACGAAUCAUGCCUCGGCAGCUCCAAGCUUGUGCCCUCCACCGUCGACUGUGUCUCUCGCACUGAGGCCUGCUACACUUCCGGCAAGUACACCGACGCUGAGUGUGAUGCCCAGAACGCUAUCUGCAAGACCACCUGCUCUCGUUCUAUGGACACGUGCACUAGCGGCGGCAACUCCUCUAGCAUCCUGUCUGCUUGCUCGACCCACUACAACCAAUGCCUCGGAGCCUACGAGGUCUCUCCUAUCUCAACCAUCGACUGUGUCAAGGACGCCACUACCUGCUUCCUGUCUGGUGACGCUUCCAACAACUGCUCUGCUUCCACUGCUGUAUGCAAGACUGAGUGCUCUCGCAUGAACGAUGUCUGUCUCUCAAGCGGUGACGCAUCUAACACCUGCUCGCAGCUUCUCGACUCUUGCGGCAGCAGCAGCACUAACUCUUCGACCUCUGCUCAAAGAAAGACUUGCCAGGCCGGUAACAACACCCUUGCUGAGUGCGACCGUCAGGAUGCCUCGUGUGGCAACUCUUGCGCCACUACCCUUGACACCUGCUUGACCAGCACCACCGCUGACAAGGCUGCCUGCAACCACUUGUACAUGCUUUGCCAGAACAAGGACAACUUCAAGGUUACCAGCAUCCCCGCCAGCCUCAAGCCCACCAUCAGCGUUCCUUCCACCAACGCCACCUCCGCUGUUCAGACCACCGGUGCUUCAUCUGUCAUUCUGUCCACCGGUGGUGCUUUGUCCACUGGCGGCGCUGUUUCCACUGGUGGUGCCUUCGCCACCUCUACCUACUCGCCUUCUCAGUACACUGGUGCCGCCAACAAGGUCGGCGCCGCUGGUCUGGCUGGUGUCGCAGCUUUCGCCGCUUUCCUUCUGUAA